CCCAAAUUAAAGCUAGAAGCUAGAGAUCUAAACAUGACUGUCGGGGAGUUUCUCGUUUGCUUCUCGGAAAAAUGUCACAAAGAAGACAUAAAACAGUAUAUCAUCGACUGCCUAAAUUCUGCUAAGUUUAGCGUAACCCGAGAGGAAUUUGAAGGGAAAACUUUACUGACCAUCGGCGCUCAGUUCGAUGUCCUUGCACAGAAGGCGGAAGAGACCGGUUUGGAGAAAACAGCAACAGCUGAAAACAAGAUUUGCCUGUUUGUUUUUGAAAGGCUUAGUGAGUAUGUUGGAAAUGAAAAUCAGGAAACAUUUUUCACUCCAGCUGAAAGAGCAUAUCUGCUUGAGAUUUGCUUGGAGUCUGUGCAGUAUAACAGGGAACAUUUGAAGUCUCUUGGUGUUACUUCUAGAGGGGAGGGUUCAUUUGUUACAGACUUGCUGCAUUCCAAGCCACCAAUUUUUGAGUCUGCUUUGCCUCUUCAUCAACCCCAUGAACAAGAGAAAAUAUGGAAUAAAAUGAAACAAAAUGUGAUUGUUUGUCCCUUGCAAGAAAUUAGAGACUACUAUGGAGAAAAUGUAGCAUUUUAUUUUGGAUGGAUGACAUGUUUCACCUGGACUUUAGUGCCAAUAGCUUUUGCAGGAGUCCUGUUGUAUUUCUUCAAGCCACCUGGUGUCACUGUGGAUGACAACCCUCUGUUACCAUUGUAUGAAGUUCUAAUGGCUUUCUGGGCAAUCAGCUUUCUGACGGUAUGGAAAAGAAAAGAAUCAGAAUAUUCUUUUUUGUGGCGAACACACGGCCUUGAACACUUAGAACUGCUUCGUCCUGAGUUUUCUGGUGAAAUACGGCCCAGUCCUAUAACUGGCAAACCAGAGAAGUAUUUUCCCAGAUGGAAAAGAUGGCUACGUUAUGGUUUAAGUUUCAUGUUGACCUUACCAGUCCUUCUGUUGGCUAUUGGUGCAAUGCUGUGUUCAUUGAACUUCAAUGGAUACAUCAAGGAUAAAGAGAGUCCUGUCUACAUUGCAUCCUUUGCUUACUUUGCAGAACCGGGCCACAUUUUUGCAGCUGAUAACAAGUACUAUGGUUACCUGAUCCCUACAAUUGGCCAUUCAGUGGUUAUCAAUAUUUUGAACAAACUGUACCGUUCUGUGGCACACUUUUGUACUGAUCUGGAAAAUCAUAGGACUGAAAAAGAUUGGGACAACUCUCUUAUAAUAAAACGUGUCUUGUUUGAGGUCUUUGACUGCUUCCUUCCUCUCUUCUACAUUGCAUUCUACCAGCUCAAUGUUGUUGCUCUGAGGAGAGAACUUGUUGGACUGUUUUGGGGUGAUGAAAUUCGUCGCUUAGUAACAGAAUCAAUUCUCCCAUAUUUGACAGAGAAAGGUCAUGUAUGGAAAAUACAGAGAGAUUAUGCUAAAAGCAAAAAGGAUUCAGAAGAGAAAACAUUUAUUCCUUCUCAGGCUCAGCAGGACAUUGUUUUAGAGGAAUAUGAACAGUUUGAUGAUUAUUUGGAAAUGGUUGUACAGUUUGGGUAUGUGACACUGUUUGCCUCUGCAUUUCCACUUGCUGCUGUUGUGAGCAUCGUGUUCUUGUUCAUAGAGGGAAGGGCUGAUUUGUUCAAGUUACUUUAUGUGUGUCAACGACCACGAGUAAGAAGGGUAUCCAAUAUUGGUGUGUGGUACAAUGUCCUUUACCAGAUGAUGGUCCUCUCCAUGCUUACAAACAGUUUAAUUGUUGGAUUUUCUUCGGAACAACUUGCUGUUUGGUGUCCCUGGAUGUAUGAGACCAUUGACAAUGAUCAGUUCAUUGUUUCUGGAUAUGGAAGGUAUGUUGUGGCUAUUGUGUUUUGCAUUGAGCAUUUCUUGAUACUGUGUGCUGUAAUAGCAAGAUGUUUGGUGUCUGAAAAACCCAAGUGGGUACGCAUUGCAGUUGCCAAAGAAAAUUAUGAGAAAGCACAAGAAGAGAAGAAGAAAAAACAGAAAACUGAGUAGGGAACAUGGCUUGAACAGUUUGGCUAUCUUCUCAAUUUCAAACAUGUGACUCCACUGAUGUCUGCUGGUAUUAAACACACUUGGAAACUCAGGAAAUCUAGUAUCUAAUUAGAUAGAAUGCAAUAUUUAAUUGGACUAAUACACUGUAGUAAUUAACUCAUU